CCACAAUCCUACAUUAGUCCUCCAGUUUUGCUUUAUUCUACUCAAGCAUAAAAAACACGCUUGAACUAAAUCUCCCUCCAUUGUUCUCCUCUUUUCUUUUUUUUAUUGUCGAAGUCUUACUCUCAGCUGCGCCUCGCAAUAGACUACAGGACUAGAGACUUCAGACUUGCGUGGGUAGGGCUCCGGCUCUUACCAUUAUCUCCAUCAUAUUCCUUUUUCUCCAUCGUAACUCCCUUAUUUUCUUAUCUACAGCCUCCUCUGCAAAUGACCUUUAUCUUAGACUCAGAUCCAGAUGAUGUUGCAAGCACUUGCGAACCCAACACCAAGCACACUGUUGUAACAACAAUAAAGAUACCAGCCGCUGUAACGGCACAACCACAUCGCUUGAACAAACGAAAAUCCGAGUCUAUUGCCGACACAGAGAUCUCCACCACCAUUGAUACCAAAGCCCGUUCCAUCCCUACUUUCUUAACCUCUGGCUCCUCUGCUACACUCAUUACUGUACAAAGGAUUGAGACAAAUUACGACACAAAACAUUCUGUAAUGCCUUUCCCAUUGAAGCAGCAAUUAAGACGAUCUCUCCAGAAUAGUGAUAUUAGCUCUGAACAAGAGUUUGCUUACUUACCGCAACUUCAAGUUAUGGAGAGCUAUAACAAUGCAACAUCAUCACCAAUGAUCUGCAAUACGAUGUCUGAUAAAGAUCUCAUGGAGGUAGCAGCAGGACUGGAUCCAGCAAUUGUGGAAGAAGACGCAGUCGCCCACCGGAUUCGUGAAUUGUUUUCUGCUGAAGAGUCGCAGAAGCGUUACAUUCAGAGCCCAGACAUGCAUCAUGAGAACAAAUUAAAAUUCUUGUCAGAUCUGAUGACAACAGAGACACAGGGUCAGAGAUUAGGACCGAAGCAAUGCCAAGCUCACGAACAGCGACUUGCGGUAGCUAGGGCAGAAAAAAAGGUGAAUCGUCCUAUUGUAACGAACCCGACAUUAAGAAGUCAAGUACCGCAAUGCCCUACGCUACCCAAUGAAAUUCUGAUUCAAGUAUUAGAACAACUCAUCGAUGACCAGCCAUCGCUUUUGAGCGCAGCUUUUGUGAGUGUUGAUUGGAACCUUUGUGCGACCAAUCUGUUGUAUCGCUACCCGAGCUUCGCCAGCACUCUUCACUGGGCUUUCUUUAUUCAAACUCUUUGCAGGAAUAAAGACGCAAAGCGACCCAGAACGACCCGCCGUCGACGCUCCAUCAUCCGGUCCUUUUCUGCAGGGGAGGAAUUUAGUUCCCACCCGCCUUUACAGCUGAUAGCGCUACAGGCUGAGGUCAAUGGGGGACAGCCUCAACAGACACAGAGUCGCCUCAAUUACAACCUAGGGGAUUUCGUGCGUGGGAUUGAUCUAUCCAGAAAAAUCGUUCAAGUGGAUCAAGUUCAAUGCAGCUGCAACAAGCCUGAACAGCCUGGCUUCACUGCUUCCAGUAGUGGCAGUUGUAGCGAUAGUAGUCUCGGUAGCAGUGAGAGUAGUAGUGGCGGUAGUAGCAAUAGUAACAUCAACGGAAAUAGGAAUAAUAAUAUCAAGCGGUGCCCUGUGCAUCCACAGCAGAAACAGAGUUUGGAAGGAAGAAUAACAGGGGAUCCCUUACAACCUACACAUCCGAUGGAUAUCAAUACAAGUCGGGUGGAUCAGGGGACAAGUCUGUUUGUGGGAGAUGGCUUGUCAGAGGGAUCUGCUCAGACAUGCACGCGUGAUCGCUGGCUGUCUAAUCCAGAAAAUGCUUAUAGUGUAGCAUUAUCUAAUAGGCAACGGCACUCAUCUGAUAGCCUUGGGUCGUCGAAUGCUUCCUAUCCUGCAUUUAUGCCUUUAAAUCGCCACACAAACUUGGCUACGAGCCAACGAUGGUCGAUCCUUUGGUCAAUGGAACAUCAGUAUCGGCAACUGAUGGCUCAGAACCCAUACACAUCCUCCAUUGGGUUUUCACCUCUCCUCACAGAUAUCUCAGCCAACAACUCUGUAUCAAAAGGGGCACGUCGGCAGAACACGGUACAAAUUCCUUUGAUGACCCAACAAAACGAAGGAGGACAAGGAAAUUCUACGAUUAGUUCAGGAUCCAAAUCUGAAGGGAAGAGUGAAUCUGUUGAAGUCCGUUAUAAGAAACCUAUCACUAUUACCGCCUCAUCGCUUAUUCAAAUGGCGAGGCAUUGCCCCAACCUGGAAUUUUUAUGCCUGGGCUCAGCACUGAUGCCAGACACGCUAUAUUUAGAAACUGGGGAUUAUCAGUCAACGCUUCAACCAGGUCCGCGCACUGGAUUGACAUAUGUGAAUGUGACCGCAAUGGAUGGCGCCAAGGCAUUAGGCGAGUACUGCCCCAAACUUAGCAAGCUACUUCUGGCUGGCUGUGAAUGGGUGACACUGGAUGAGGUUCGAUAUUUUGCAAUGUUCUGUCGACAGUUGCAGACGCUUGAUCUCCGACAUUGUGGCAAACUGGAUGGACGUUUGGGCCAGUUGUUUGUGGUGGAGAAUAACCAUGAAGCGAAUGCUGAUAGCAAUGGUAAUAUAGUACAACCUGAGUCAGGGUCGUUCAAGACAGCGCCUUCUGUAACGAGUAAUACAUUUUUAGGUGUACCAUCAGUUUCAUCCUCACCCUCUUCUGCUAAUACACGACCUUCACUGCUGUCCUCCAGAUCCAUGCGAUUGUCAGAUGAAGCAAUUGCACGAGUCUUGUCGUCACCCAUUACUUUUCCGGAUUUGGCGGCAGUAAAAGAAUCGAAUACUGUAACAGAUUCUCCACCUGUUAUGAACCUGCUGAGCAUUAAGACGACCUCUGACAGUAACUCUUUUAGACGAGUUCAAGACGGGGCAAUGUUUGAUUUAGUCAAUGCAGCGAGUCAUGGACGGCUAGUGGUAGCUGCCCUAAUGCCUCGUCCCCAGCCUGCAACACAACAGCCAUUACAGGCUGAUCCUACGCUAGAGGCGCAGGAACAACAAGAAGGAGAUGAGGAUCGCGAAUUUGUUGCAGCAAUAGAGGGAGAAUCACAGACAGAAGCUACAGAGAUAUUCCCCUGGUAGAU